AAUAAAUUCUCCUUCCUUAUAUGUGAAGCUCAGCUCAGCUUCCAGAACACCUAUUGAACGAACACACAACCGCAACGCAACCGCUAGUUAUAUCUUCCAUUCCCCCCAGACAGCGUGCUUGUGUACCUGUCCUUGUCUUCGCGGUACUUUCAGUACCUCCCACCUCCAUUACUGCUUGUUCUGCGAACCGUCACAUCCCCACCGCUACAUUACGUCCUUCCUUCUACGACCGUUCGCUUCCGCACCCCCGACAGAGAGAGAGACACACACACUGAGAGAAGAGUCCCUCUUGUCCCGACUUUCUCUUCCCCGUCUGGUCCGCUCUUCCACCGCCAUCGCUCUUAUAGUACUCUCCGGUCUUCUCGUGCUCAUGCGAUAGGAAAUAGCAUAGGCCAGAUCCACCACGCACUCGUUCCCUCUGUCCUCAUAGUGACGACGACCUCGCUUCGUCGGUCGCCGCCUACAAUCCGUCAACAUGCCAACUCCACAGAACACCCGCACUCUGCGCUUCGCCCUACUGGCAUUCUUCUCCCUCAUCGUAUUCUACAAGGUCUACACCAGUGCCUACGACACCAAGGUCCCACUUCCAGACGUCGCUGAAAUCCAGAGGGCGCAACGGCUGGCCGCAGCUGCCAACACACCAGCUAAGGACACGACUGUGAACACACCUGCUGGCUUCCCCCAGGCCGUCUUUCCCGGUGAGCGGGCAAAUGCCACCUUCGUCACCCUCGCCCGCAACAACGAUAUCUGGGAGAUCGCCAAGUCGAUCCGCAUGGUUGAGGACCGCUUCAACCGCAAGUUCCACUACGAUUGGGUUUUCUUGAACGACCAGCCUUUCGAUGACGACUUCAAAAAGGUUACUACUGCGCUCGUCAGCGGCACAGCGAAGUAUGGUGAGAUCCCGAAGAAGCACUGGAGCUUCCCCGAUCACAUCGAUCAGGAUAAGGCCAAGCAAGUCCGCGAGGAUAUGCACAAGAAAGGCAUCAUCUACGGAGACUCGAUCUCGUACCGCCACAUGUGCCGCUUCGAGUCUGGCUUCUUCUUCCAACAGGAGCUGAUGCUUGACUACGAAUACUACUGGCGUGUCGAGCCCUCCAUUGAGCUGUACUGCGACAUCGACUACGACGUGUUCAAGUACAUGAAGGACAACAAGAAGAACUAUGGCUUUACUCUGUCGCUCUACGAAUACGUCGAGACCAUUCCCACACUUUGGAAUAGCGUCAAGACCUUUAUGAAGGAGCACCCAGAGCACAUUGCUAAGAAUAAUGGAAUGCAAUUCGUCAGCGACGACGCCGGUGUCAAUUACAACCGCUGCCACUUCUGGUCCAACUUCGAGGUCGGCAACCUUAACUUCUGGCGAGGCAAGGCGUACACGGAAUUCUUCAACAGGCUUGAUCAGGAUGGUGGUUUCUUCUACGAGAGAUGGGGUGAUGCACCUGUUCACAGUAUCGCCGCUGCAUUGCUACUGCCCAAGGAUGAGAUCCACUUCUUCAACGAUAUAGGUUACUACCACGUCCCCUUCACCCACUGUCCCACCUCUGAGGAGGACAGGCUGAAGCUCAAGUGCACCUGCGACCCCAAGAAGAACUUUGACUGGAAGGGUUAUUCAUGCACGUCACGAUUCUUUGAGAUGAACGGCUUGGUGAAGCCGGCGGGAUACGAAAAGCAGAUGGACUAAAAAAACUUCCUUCACGUGUAUUCCGUUUUUUAUUUUUUAUUUUCCUACUGUUUUGUUGUACCUACUUUUUCUGAUUUGAUACGACGGGAUUGUAUCGGACAUAACUAGGGAUAGAUGAGAUAUGGACGGACCAGCUAUUCAACAGUGCGGCGGGAAUGUGGAAUAAAGUGGUCCGAUACCGAUAACGUAUUGUUUAUUAGCUGAAGAUGUGGAGGUGAGGAUGCAUUGCGGCUGCGGCUGUGAACUGUUGCCUCACGGCUGAAAAUGACUGAACUUACGCAGAAGGC